AUGGCGGCCACGGCGGAGGGAUCGGUGGCGUGGGCACGCUGGGCAGGCGAGGACGCUACGAGGACUCGGAGUUCACCCUGCGCAUCUAUCCGGGCUCCUGGCCGAGGGCACCAUUUACUGCCCGUUAGCGCCCGCAAAGCACCACGGCCGCCGAGGCCAUCGAGCGCUGCCUGGAGCGCCUGCGUCUGGACCGUGACCGCUGCUACCGCUCGGCUCGGGUGGCGGGGAGGACUACCGCUUCCUGCUACGGCAGAAGAAUCUGGAUGGCUCCAUCCACUACGGCGGCAGCCUGCAGAUGUGGCUGCGUGUGACCGAGGAGCGCCGGCGCAUGACGGAGCGUGGCCUGUUGCCACAGGAGGAGGUCAGGGUGACCAUGCCGACUUGUGCUGCCUGCCGGAGCUCACCGAGCGCUCGCUGCUGGACAACCUACGCUCGCGCUUCCGCCAGGAGAGGAUUUACACCUACGUAGGCAGCAUCCUCAUCGUCAUUAACCCCUUCCAGUUCCUCCCCAUCUAUAACCCUAAGUACGUCAAGAUGUACGACAACCACGCUCUGGGAGACCUGGAGCCGCACAUCUACGCCGUGGCGGACGUGGCCUACCACGCUAUGCUGCAGCGGCGGAGGAACCAGUGCAUCGUCAUCUCUGGAGAGAGCGGCUCGGGAAAGACCCAGAGCACCAACUUCCUGAUUCACCACCUGACCGCCCUCAGCCAGAAGGGAUUUGCCAGCGGGGUGGAGCAGAUCAUUCUGGGGGCGGGGCCAGUGUUGGAGGUAAGGACACCCAUGCAAUAAAAAUCCUUUGAAUUU